AUGCCGUGAGGACACUCAGGCAGGUUAUGGAGCAACGAACUAAGUUCUCCACCCAACAGCUUGUAAGGAACUGAGGCCUUACAAGGCAGGCUAUGGAGCAGCCCCCUUAGCGAGGAACCAAGUUCUCCAUCCAACAGUUUGUAAGGAACUGAGGCCUUACAAGGCAGGCUAUGGAGCAGCCCCCUUAGUGAGGAACCAAGUUCUCCAUCCAGCAGCUUGUAAGGAACUGAGGCCUGCUCCCAACACCUUAUGUGAGUGAGUUUCUAUUCCUCAGUCCCAGUUGGGCCUCGAGAUGACGGCAGCCCUGGCUGACGGCUUGAUUACAUCCUCAUGAGAGACCCUGAGCCAGAAGCACCCAGCUGGGCCAUUUCCAGAUUCCUGACCAACAAAAACCGAGAGCCAUGGGUUACUACAGGAAAUAUGCAGCUGUCAUUCUGGCCACAUUGUCUGUGUUUCUGCAUAUUCUCCAUUCCUUUCCUGAUGGAGAGUUUACAAUGCAGGGUUGUCCAGAAUGCAAGCUAAAGGAAAACAGAUACUUCUCCAAGCUGGGUGCCCCGAUUUAUCAGUGUAUGGGCUGCUGCUUCUCCAGAGCAUAUCCCACUCCAGCGAGGUCCAAGAAGACAAUGUUGGUUCCAAAGAACAUCACCUCAGAGGCUACAUGCUGUGUGGCCAAAGCAUUUACCAAGGCCACUGUAAUGGGAAAUGCCAAAGUGGAGAACCACACAGAAUGCCACUGCAGUACUUGUUAUUAUCAUAAAUCUUAAAUAUUUUAUAAAGUGCUGUGUUGAUGAUUGCUGAUUUCCUGGAAUAGAAAAUUAAGUUGUUCAGUGUUUAUGGUCUUGUGAGAUAAAACCCUCCUUUUCCUUACUAUGCCACUUUUGACAUGCUUCAAGGAUGUAUUGCAGCUCUAUUGCCUUUUUCCUUAUCCUACAGCAUAAUCAGCAGUUUAGCUCUUUUCAUUUGGAAUGAAAUACAGCAUUUAGCAUGACCAUAAAAAGCUGCUCUCCUGGAA